UUCAGGUUAGUCGGUGACCUCAAAGACUGAACACAGCUAAUAUUGUUGACGAUGACGUCCCUAUCCCCGAACGGCACGUUGGCGUCCCUAGAAGACAACUCAACAGAGAGCGAAUACACUCCAUACGGGGACCGGUUGGAGACUUACUUAGUGCCUGUGAUAUUCGCUAUCAUCUUCGUGGUAGGGGUGUUGGGGAACGGCACACUAGUCAUUGUCUAUGUCCGGCAUAGGGGCAUGCGGAAUGCGCCGAACACAUACAUAUUCUCCCUGGCGCUGGCAGACCUGCUAGUGAUUCUCAUUUGCGUGCCAUUUGUAUCCAUCAUCUACACAUUGGAGUCUUGGCCGUGGGGCGCGCUCAUCUGCCGCAUCUCUGAGGCAGCGAAGGAUGUCAGCAUCGGAGUGUCAGUGUUUACAUUGACAGCUCUGUCGGCGGAGCGGUACUGCGCUAUUGUGAACCCUUUUAGGAAACUUCAGCUCCGUAAGCUACCACUGGUCUGCGCAACCUUUAUAUGGGCAGCAGCGCUUUUAUUCGCCACACCAGCUGCAGUCUUCUCAAACACGGUGACAGUGCCGAUUCACAACAAUAUGUCCAUUGUGUACUGCACGCCGUAUCCUCCUGGCUGGAUGAACUAUCACAAAUGGAUGACGCUAGCAAAGGCCAUCAUAUACUACGGUCUCCCGCUGCUGGUGAUUUCCUUCUUCUACUCGCUAAUGGCACAGCGGUUACUGGCCAGUACGAGAGAGAUGCCAGGAGCUCUGCACGGCGGGCAGGGCGAAGCGCAGGCGAAGGCUAGAAAGUCGGUCGCUUGUAUGGUCCUCAUUUUUGUUAUAGUGUUCUUCAUCUGUUUCCUGCCAUAUCACGCCUUCGAGAUGUGGUUCUAUCUGUCCCCGACGGCUCAGAGUGACUACAAUGAUUGGACCCACGCUCUACGAAUAAUGGGUUUUUGUUUGAGCUUCCUAAACUCGUGCGUGAACCCAGUGGCGCUAUACUGCGUGAGCGGCGUGUUCCGCCAACACUUCAACCGCUACCUCUGCUGCCGGCGCGGGACUCUGCAUCCCACCUGUAGUUCCCGCCUCUCCCGGACCGCGGUCUGUGAGACCUCGUUCCGGAGCACGCACCGCCACAGGUGCAAUAGGAACCCAACAGAAAGCGUUGUGAUAUCCAACUACGACUACGGAAGCACUAAGAAGAAGACCAUCAUGAGCCGGAACAGCAGUGAUGGCGUCACAAUCAUGAGCAUCAGAGAUACCAACGACUUUCUGACCGGUGAUGACAAGUGUAUCAAUAGAUAGGUCAGAUUCCGGGACGCUUUUGAAGUGUAAAAAAAGACGUAGUUUAAGUGUGCGGCUUAGUGUGAUGUGAUCAAAGAUUAAUUUCAAAAAAGAUCGUUCCAAUAGAACGACAUCGUUUGGUUCCUUGGUGGAAUCCUGCUACGCGAUUGGUUGAUAAGUUCGCAGCACGCGCGCGAUUGGUUGUAACUAGACUGCACGCUUUGCUCGAAUUCGUGCUUAGAGGUGUUACUGACACUGAAACCGCUGUGAUGGCACCAUUUUGGAAGUUGGUAUUUACGAAAAAUAUGUAAGUGGGCUCAUUUCCGCAGUGACACGCUGGAAUUUUAAAAAUGAACCAUGAUAGUUAGAUCAUAAGAUUGAAGUCUGACGUGGAACUAUAAAAGGUGUUACUAAAAUAACACAUGUUCAGCUGUUAAUAAUGCUUAGACUUCUUGCAAAUAUAUGUAGAUAUAACAUAUCUUAGCAAAUACGAUCAUGGGAAUCUUAAGAAUAAAUAUUUUCUUAAAUUAUUCUGUUAUGACCAUGAACAGCCGCUAUUGUGAUGGCCUAAAUUUGUUAUAUUGCGUUAGAUGUCUAGGAAUAUAAUGUUAUUUAAAAAAAGUUGUACAUUACGACACAAGUGCGGAAAAGAGCAAAUACGAAACG